GACAGCAAAUAAGCUUUUGUUACUUUGUGCCAAAAUGGAGGAUCCUUAACUCUCUCUCUCUCUCUCCCCCCUCUACUUCUCUUUCUAAACUCUCUCUCUCUCUCUCUGCUUCUAAAACAGAAACAAAACCCUCACAAUUGAAAUCUUCACUUCUCUUCCCCAGCUACAAAUCCACAAAUCUAAGUCACAGGUAACAAAAAGAAUUCCGAGUGUUUUUAUUCUUAAUUCUGAUGUCUCCACCACUACUUGGUGUUGUGGAGGAGGAGGGUCAAAGUAAUGUCACUCUACUGGCUUCUCCGGCCUCUGCAGAAAGUGCAUGCCUGAAUGGUUUGGAAUUGAAAGAGCGUAACUAUAUGGGUUUGUCCGAUUGUUCUUCCGUGGACAGCUCGGCAGUCUCUGCAGCUUCUGAUGAAAGAAAGACUAGUUUAAAUCUGAAGGCUACUGAAUUGCGGCUUGGGCUUCCUGGGUCUCAGUCUCCAGAAAGGAAUCACGAGCUUUCCCUGCUGAGCUCGGCAUUACUUGAUGAGAAGCCCUUCUUCCCUUUGCAUCCCUCAAAUGAUGGUCACUACUCCUCAACACAGAAAAAUGUUGUUUCGGGUAACAAGAGAGUGUUCUCUGAUGCCAUGGAUGAGUUUUCAGAGAGCAAGUUUCUGUCAAAUUCGGAGGUAAAUGCAAUGCUCUCACCCAGGCCCUCACCGAACUUGGGAUUGAAACCUGGCAUGUUGGAGAACCUUGGAGUUCAACAAGCUAAAGUGAAAGAGAUAGUAGCCCCAAAGGCAGGACAAGAGAGACCUCAUGCGGGAAACGAGACCAGACCACUUCGUAACAGCUCCGCAAACAACAGCAGUGCACCUGCUCCAAAGGCACAAGUUGUGGGUUGGCCACCCAUCAAAUCAUUUAGGAAGAAUUCCCUUGCCACCACCUCAAAGAACACAGAAGAAGUUGAUGGUAAAGCAGGGCCAGGUGCUUUAUUUAUCAAAGUCAGCAUGGAUGGUGCUCCUUAUCUUAGAAAAGUGGAUUUGAGAAACUACUCUGCAUAUCAGGAAUUGUCUUCUGCCCUCGAGAAGAUGUUCAGCUGUUUUACCAUAGGCCAAUAUGGAUCUCAUGGAGCUCCAGGAAGGGAGAUGCUGAGUGAGAGCAAGCUGAAGGAUCUGCUGCAUGGCUCAGAAUAUGUUCUCACUUAUGAGGAUAAAGACGGAGACUGGAUGCUUGUUGGCGAUGUUCCCUGGGAGAUGUUUAUUGAAACAUGCAAGCGGCUGAGGAUCAUGAAGAGCUCAGAUGCUAUUGGCCUAGGUGCGUUUGUUAUGUAUCUCAAGCCAAUUUUACUACUGUUCUGACUAAUAGAGUGUACAAGAACCAUUGAAAUGUUUGUCUUGAGAAUUAUAUUAGCCAUUCAUGACUUGUGACAGUAGAACUUGUCCUAGAAAAAUCAAGUGUACUUCAAAAAACACUUCUCUGAUGAAAUUUGUUUUUUCAAUUCUCACCUAGUAGAAAGUCGCCCCAACAUGAAACAAAAGAGGACAAAACACAGAUAUUGGUGUAAAAGUUGUAAUACCAGGCUCAUCUUAUGAUCCUAUAGAUCCUUAUGUUUUGUUGUGGAUGUAAUUCAACAAUACAGUCUGGUCUCUGUUUUGUAUCUAGAAUCUUGGUAUAUCUAGGACAUGAGAUGAAAAGGUUUAGGUUGUCUGAUCUUCCUUCGUUAUUUUGGAUGAACAUGUAUCUGUAUGUACUUGUUGUUUUGGUGGGUGAGUGCGAGGGGUCAGACAUGACUCAUUAUUAACAUUGAUUUUGACCUCGUAAUUUCUGCAUUAAAUGUUAUGUUGAAAGUACGUUGAAAUUAAUGCUAGAAAAUUAAGACUUGGAGCCCCGUUAAAAAGUGGAACUGUUGACCACAAGGAAUUUUAUUACAUUGGUAGCACAAAUACUAGCUGUUGGUCUCGGUUCACAAUGUUAUCCAUAUUUCUGAAAUCAAUAUUAUUAAGAACUUUUAAAAUUGUGAUUGCUUAUGCACCUUUUAUCAACCUUUGAAGAUCAUUUUUUGCUUUAUACUAUGCUGGUUUAUAUGUAAAAUGUCAGAAACAGAUUUUGUGCUUUACAGGUCCGAAUUUUACUUAUUAAAUAUUCUGAAAUUGUGCUAUACAAACCCACCCGAUUCAUUUUUUAUAAGUUAUUUAUCUAACAAUAAGAAUUCUUGAUGCCCUAAAAUGUUUUUGUGAACCAAAGUUUUUGAAGUGGAUCCUAGCUUGUGCCGGCUGAGCUGAAUUUUAUGCUUGCUUGUAAUUUGCUGUGAUUCUUGUGAAGGACUUCAGUGUUAAUCCCUACCAAUUAUGUCGUAUAAAAUUUCUUUUCUCAAGCUAAUUGCAUACGAGUGUUUAUUUUUAUUGCAGCCCCAAGGGCCAUGGAGAAAUGCAAAAACAGGAAUUAGCCAGCUGUUCGCAUGAUUGUUGCUAUCCAUCCAGCAGCCUUUGAGUGUUGAAUUUGGGAAA